UUUUCACAAGAAAAUAUGCGCACUAAGUCCACCCGACCAGCAGAGUUCCCUGUUGUCAAAACGAGUCAGUCCAGGCAUAAUGUGACUCUUGUCUAUUUCGCUUGCUGUGGUCGGCAACCGAUGUUAUGCUUUUAGGAAACACAAAUAUCUACUUAGAAGUUUGCCUAGAUUAUUGAUCCUGCAUGUCUAUGACUUAUUCCACCCGGGAACAUAAAGACACCGACACCAUAUACUUUUAAAAGUUUGUGAGAGAUCAUAACAUCAGACAUGGUGCUCCUCAUCUUCCUCAUAAAUCGGUCCUUAUGUAGGAUACCUGAUAAAAAUUGAAGGCAAGUCAACGACAUGGGCAACCAAGACAACUUGGAAGAUGUGUUUGUAGCUGUCGUUCGUCCAAAGAACCAUGUCAGUUUGAGCUCUAAGGAAUAUCGGGCUAAAGCCUAUGAGAUCCUGUUGAUAGAAGUUCCUUUGGAAGGAAAAGAGAAGAAACGGAAGAAGGUCUUACUGGCGACCAAAAUCCAAGCCAAUGGGGACACAGCCAGAUCCAUUUUGGAUUAUGUAGAAGAAAUGACUAAACCCAUAUCGAACAACAAGGGUUUUAUUGGAAAGCGUGUGGUGCACAUGAAGAAAUUCCAUCUCGAUGGUGACAAUGAAGGAAAAGAGGUCUCCCUCUUUUUUGUGCCAAUUAAUGUCAAAGAUAAUAGCAAGCCUAUCUACAACCCUGGGAGCCCUAGUUUUUAUUGCCUCCAGGAUAUCAUGCGUGUGUGUAGCGAGACCAGCGCUCAUUUCUCCUCCAUCACCUCAAAGAUGCUCCUGGCCUUGGACAAGUGGCUGGCAGAGAAGCACACCAUGCCUCACGCCAUUGCAGCUCUGUUCCGGCCCGCACCGGUGGACCGAAUCAAGACCAACGUGAGUAACCCUGCUUACACCAGCGAGGGCAAACCCAGUGAUGGGGAUUUGCACAUGGGCUACACCGCCUUAGAGAUCAAGAGCAAGAUGCUGUCACUGGAGAAGGCCGACAUGUGCAUUCAAAACCCUCUCUACGGCUCAGACCUGCAGUAUACCAACCGGGUGGACAAAGUUAUCAUCAACCCUUACUUUGGCCUUGGUGCUCCGGAUUACUCUAAAAUCCAGAUCCCUACGAGAGAAAAGUGGCAGCACGGCUCUAACAAUGCGACAGAGGAAAAGGAGCACCAGUGGGUGGAUGACUUCCCCCUCCACCGCAGUGCCUGUGAAGGUGACACAGAGCUGCUCACCAAGCUCCUGGAAAGUGGCUUCUCAGUCAAACAGCUGGACAGCGACGACUGGGCCCCCAUCCACUACGCCUGCUGGUAUGGUAAAGUGGAGGCGACAAAGCUACUGCUGGAGAAGGGAAACUGUAACCCCAACCUGCUGAAUGGCCAGCUGAGCUCCCUGCUGCACUUUGCAGCUGGAGGGGGCCACUCAGAGAUAGUACAGCUUCUGCUCCAGCAUCCUGAGAUAGACCGGCACAUAGAGGAUCAGCAAAGGAGAUCGCCCCUGCAAAUCUGUGAAGAGAACAAGCAAAACGAAUGGGAGGAGACAGUGAAACUCCUACAGCAAGCCAAUAACAAACCAUACGAGAAGGUGCGCAUCUACCGCAUGGAUGGCUCGUACCGCUCGGUGGAGCUGAAGCACGGCAACAACACAUCAGUGCAGCAGAUCAUGGAGGGCAUGCGGCUUUCCAAGGACACCCAGCAGUACUUCACCAUCUGGAUCUGCUCCGAGAACCUCAACCUGCAGCUGAAGCCCUACCACAAGCCCCUGCAGCACCUGCGUAUCUGGACAGAGAUCGUCACUGACCUCACUGUCCUGGACCCCCAGAGGGAGAACCCACAGCUCUUCCUCCGUAGAGAUGUCCGUCUGCCCCUCGACAUUGAGAAAAAGAUUGAGGACCCCCUGUCCAUCCUGAUCCUGUUUGAUGAGGCCAGACACUGCCUCCUCAAGGGCUUCUUCCCCUCCCCGGACAGUAAGCUGAUCACCCUGGCCAGCCUGCUGCUGCAGAUCAUCUACGGAAACUAUGAGAGCAAGAAGCACAAGCAGGGCUUCCUUAAUGAGGAAAACCUGAAAUCAAUUGUCCCAAUAUCCAAGGUGAAAAGCAAAGCACAUCAUUGGACAAGCAAGAUUCUUCAUGAGUAUAAGUGCUUCAGUAUGAGUGAGGGUGUGAGCAAAGAGAUGCACCACCUCCAGAGGCUCUUCCUGCAGAACUGCUGGGACAUCCCGACCUAUGGUGCCGCCUUCUUCACGGGCCAGGUCUUCACCAAGGCUAGCUCCAGCAACCACAAAGUCAUCCGCGUCUUCGUGGGUGUCAACACCAAGGGCCUGCACCUCAUGAACAUGGAGACCAAGGUACUUCUUAUCAGUCUGGAGUAUGGCUCUUUCAUGUGGCAGCUAGGGCACGCUGAUCAGUACUUUCAGAUUCACAGUCUGGAAAAUAAGAUGAAUUUCAUUGUGCACACCAAACAGGUAACUAUAGGACCUUUCCCAAGUAAUUCCAAUGGAUGUAUCUGUGAUUAUGUUGAAUCAAUGUGUUGUAGCCUGGAAAACAGUGCAGAUUGUAUGAUUUAUGAGAAAAUAUUUACCACAGCAUACAGCUCUAACUCUAGCUGAAGAGUUGAAUGUGGGCAAUAUUACACGAAAUUGCUUGUAUUCAUUGGCUCCUUCUCUUCUUUCCUCAAUAGGCUGGCCUUAUUGUUAAACUGUUAAUGAAGUUGAGUGGACAAAUGACUCCAAAUGACAGAAGUUUAACAGACAAGUAUGCAUAUGGUUGAUUCACCAUGUACUUUUCCCCCCCCAUUUGUUUUGCUUUCUUGUAUUGUAAUUUGCUUUUUUGAGGAAAAAGUAUUUUCACCAAUUACAUAGUUUUGUAUCACAAUAGAACAAGACAUGUUUCACAUUUGGUUUAUUUGAUAUUAAGAUUUCUGUUACAUUUGACAAAUUCUUACAUGCUGUAAUUUUUAUGGUUGUAAAUAAUGUGUAUUUAAUGAUUAAUUUGAAUAAAAUGAAUACUAUACGAGUGUAA